CUCGUGCGGCUGUCAUCAGGCUGCUUAUGUAAGAGCCGAGCAAGGAAAGCUCCCGCAUCGUCCUGCGUUCUUCUCCUCCGUCGUCUUCCUUUUGUCGUCUCGUGGUCAUCGGGGUGGUCGUUUCCGUGGUUUGUCGUCGAGUGUGACAGGAAGCCAGCAAGGGAUCGAUGGUCGUACACGGGGAGGGCGCUGCCCCUCCGCACAGCAGGGCUAUGUCCUCGGCAGCCACCGCGCCUCCGUCCGUGGACAAAGUGGACGGAUUUUCCCGGAAGUCUGUCAGGAAGGCCAAGCAGAAGCGCUCGCAGAGCUCGUCCCAGUUCCGCUCUCAAGGCAAACCCAUCGAGCUCACGCCCUUGCCGCUGCUCAAGGACGUUCCGGCCCCGGAGCAGCCGGAGCUGUUCCUGAAGAAGCUGCAGCAGUGCUGCACCGUCUUCGACUUCAUGGACACGCUGUCGGACCUGAAGAUGAAGGAGUACAAGCGCUCCACGCUCAACGAGCUGGUGGACUACGUGACCGUCAGCCGCGGCUACCUGACCGAGCAGGCCUACCCCGAGGUGGUCAGGAUGGUGUCUCACAACAUAUUCCGGACCCUUCCGCCCAGCGACAGUAACGAGUUUGACCCUGAAGAGGACGAACCCACGCUCGAGGCGUCCUGGCCUCACUUACAGCUGGUCUACGAGUUCUUCAUCCGCUUCUUGGAGAGUCAGGAGUUCCAGCCAAGCAUUGCCAAAAAGUACAUAGACCAGAAGUUUGUCCUCCAGCUCCUGGAGCUGUUCGAUAGUGAGGACCCGCGGGAGCGAGACUACCUGAAGACGGUUCUGCAUAGAAUCUACGGCAAAUUCCUGGGACUGAGGGCUUUUAUACGAAAACAGAUCAAUAAUAUUUUUCUACGGUUUGUUUAUGAGACGGAGCACUUCAACGGGGUGGCAGAGUUGCUGGAGAUCCUUGGCAGUAUAAUCAACGGUUUCGCUCUGCCGCUGAAGGCGGAGCAUAAACAGUUUCUGGUCAAAGUCUUGAUCCCGCUCCACACGGUCCGCAGUCUGUCGCUCUUCCACGCACAGUUGGCGUAUUGCAUUGUACAGUUCCUAGAGAAAGACCCCACAUUAACAGAGCCCGUCAUCAGAGGAUUAUUGAAGUUCUGGCCCAAAACUUGCAGUCAAAAAGAGGUGAUGUUUCUGGGUGAGCUGGAGGAGAUCCUGGAUGUGAUCGAGCCCACCCAGUUCGUCAAGAUCCAGGAGCCGCUCUUCAAACAGAUUUCCAGAUGCGUGUCCAGCCCGCACUUCCAGGUGGCGGAGCGAGCACUGUACUACUGGAACAACGAGUAUAUCAUGAGCCUCAUCGAGGAGAACUCCAGUGUCAUCCUGCCCAUCAUGUUUGCCAGCCUCUACCGCAUCUCCAAAGAACACUGGAACCCGGCCAUCGUGGCGCUGGUCUACAAUGUGCUGAAGGCCUUCAUGGAGAUGAACAGUACUUUAUUCGACGAGCUCACCGCCACUUACAAGUCAGACCGUCAGCGGGAGAAAAAGAAGGAGAAGGAGCGUGAAGAGUUGUGGAAGAAGCUGGAGGACUUGGAGCUGAAGCGAAGCCUAAGGAGCGACGGCAUCAUUCCCACUUAGCGCCCAACUACGCCUCCCCACCCCCACCCUCAUAUCAGCCAUGCCCCCCCCCAGAAGACAACACCCCCCCCCCCCCAACAAAAGUCCGGCAGUGUCUGCAAUUUGGAUCGGAAGCGCCGCUGGUCUCUUUUUUUUUUUUCUUUUUUUUUUCUUUUUUUUGUUUUUCUUGUGUUUGUGCGAUUACAAUAGAUUCAUCAUCACGUCUGUUUUCAUGCUUUCAACACUGUAAAUAAUUAUUUUUUUCUUUUUCCCUUCAACUGAUAUUAUUGCAAACGGACGGGAAAAAAAACUAAACGAUAAUAAAAAAGAAGAAAAAAAGAGAAAAUGAGUUGUGUGGGCGGGGCUACAAACAAACAAACAAACAAAGAAAGUAACAUUUGGGCUUCUUGUUUGUCACACUUGAGACCUGGUGAAAUUUCUUUCUCCCAAAUGGUGUCACAACGGGUCAACCUCCUCCCCCUCCUCCUCCUUCCUUCUUUCAUGCUUCAUCUUUCUUCCUUCUUCUUUCUUUUCUUCUUCUCCUUCUUCAUCUUCUCCUUCCCAGAAAAUCAGUUGCGCAUUUACCACUAUGAAAAUUAACUUUAUAGGUGCCACUAGAUAACCCUGCGUUACAGUUUGGCGAGCUAGCCAGGAGGCAUAGUGGAUCAUCUCUUUAUUCUUCAGUGAGUGCGUGUUUGUUGCCUCCUGCUGCUGACAAGUAACGUUGCGCCAGCUCAACCUUGGAAGCUAGCGAGCUAGCUAAAACCACAUAUUUGUGGAGCUUUCCUUGGCUGCUGGUCUAACUUUAUUUAGAUGGUUUUAGAUCUUUCUUUGAGUAGUUCUAGGUCUUUCUUUAGGUGGUCCUAGAUCCUUUAUGAAUGGUUCAACAUCCCUCUCUGAGUGAUUCUACAUCUUUCUAAACAGCCAUCUUGAUUGUUUGAGUUGUUAAAGCGACUACAGAGCUGCCAAAUGUUACGGAACAUCUGUAUUCCGUUACGAAAAUCACUGAACGCUGACUCGUUACGCCUGUAAAAUGAGUUGUUCCGGCUAUUGGGGGCAAAAAAAAAUCCAACAUCUGGCGUUACCGGACAGCACGGCGCUGUGUCCGGCCACCGUGAGGAACAUUUCAUAAAUGAAUUCGAUGAAAUAAACACUAUAUUGUUUAAAAAAAAAAAGCUGCUUCGUGCACGCAAUUUUGU